AUGAAUGAUGGAGUUAAACAUCUCAGCUCAGUGGCCGUCAGUCUAACAGUCACAGUCUUGCAGGCGAGGAUGAAUCAUGCAUCUACAGACCUGAGAGAUGAGACAGUAGAAGUGAUCUGUGAUUCUUCCUGUGAUUUGACCUCUGGAGUUCACUAUUACUGGAUGAAGAAUAGACAGUAUUUCAGAUAUACACAGUCCCCCAACAUGUUUGUGUCAGUCGGCAGAGAUGCUGGCAGCUUUUCCUGUUCUCUUUAUCCACAUAAUGAACAUCCCUCCUCUUCUGUGUGCAUUUCUAAGAGUGGCUGCUGGGAUGUGAUUUACACCUCUAGAAGAGUCUGUGCUUUGGUGGGCUCAACAGUAGACAUUUCCUGCACAUACUCACAUCCCUCUGGUUCUACUGUAUAUGAAACAUUCUGGCGUUACGUUCGGCCUGGUGACUUUAAGGAUCUGCGUGAGGAGCAUCAGUUUGCUGGUCGUGUGGAGUAUGUGGGGAACAAACUGAGAAUCAAAGAGCUCAAGAUCAGCGACUCUGGAGAAUAUCGAUUCAGGUGCAUCACUAACAUGACAAACGGCCAAUACUUUGGAUCACCUGGAGUCAUUCUUACUCUUACAGGUAACUCAUCAUAA